CAUGCACAACCAGCCCCGACAUCUGUGCUAUUACCGAUACCGGCACUCGAGUAUACUAUUAUUUUCCAGUGACGUGGGGUAAGUCGCUUUAGUCACGAACAGCCGGAGCUCGUUACAGCGCGGAACGUCUGGGUGAACCUGCGCGAUAAACCCCAUAACACCACCAGCUUACUCUACCUUCUAUCACACCCCCCCUCUAUACUUCAACUCUUGCUCCAGAAUACCCGUCUCUUUCCCAUUCGUGGUUUCAUCCCAUUUCUCCAAAGUCUAACCCCGGCAUGCUUCUCGGGCGCCCCCCAUUACUGUAUCGAGGUAUCCGGCCGUCGUCUUUGGCUGUAGCACAGAGAUGGAUGUCAUCCUACGAUCCUUCCGACUUUCAAUUUGGGGGUGCGGGAUUUAGUUCGAGGGUAGAUACCGAUACGCCAACAUUCGGACCAUUGGGAGACGCUUCCUCUGGCAUUAAUAAAUUGACACCACGGGCUUUGAAGCAGCACUUGGACCGAUUUGUCGUGGGUCAGAAUAGGCCUAAGAGAAUUUUAUCAACAGCAAUAUACCAUCACUACAAGCGGACUCAGCAGUUACAACAAAGACAGGAGGAGCAAGAUGAGUUGUUUAGGUCAAGUCAGGCUAUGGGACCACAAUCGCUAGAUGAGGAGAUCUCUCAUCAACCAAGAACCGUUCAUGUACCGCCUAGAGGGGAUCGCGCAUCUAUUUACGAUUUCUCUCCGUUAACCAUUGAAAAGAGCAACGUGCUCUGCCUGGGACCUACGGGAGUAGGGAAGACACUUAUGCUGCGGACGCUUGCACGAGUAUUAGAGGUCCCAUUUUCAAUGUCUGAUUGCACACCAUUCACACAAGCGGGUUACGUUGGAGAAGACGCAGAUGUUUGUAUCCAUAGAUUACUCGCAGCAGCUAAUUGGGAUAUCCGAAGGGCUGAAAGUGGAAUUGUCUGUUUAGACGAGUUUGACAAGAUAGCAAAACCGAAAUCCCCUUAUGGCAGUAAAGACAUAUCUGGAGAGGGCGUUCAGCAAGCUCUUCUCAAGAUCAUAGAAGGUACUACCUUACAAAUCAACACCAAACCAGAACGCCCCGGGGGUGGUCUUACGCCUGAUUUGAUUUCCUUUGGACUCAUCCCUGAAAUUGUCGGUCGUAUCCCCAUAAUCGCCGCCGUAGAAUCCCUCGACGAAGAUAUGCUCGUCCGUGUCCUCACAGAGCCACGAAAUGCCCUCCUGAAGCAAUACACUGAGCUCUUUGCCCUAAGUGGCGUUGAGCUCCGCUUCACCUCCCCCGCUCUUCGCCAAAUUGCCAAAUCCGCCAUUGCAAUGAACACCGGCGCCCGCGGGUUGCGAACAGUAAUGGAGCGCAUCCUCUCGGAUGCCAUGUUCGAGUCACCGGGAUCAAGUAUCAGGUAUGUGCUCGUUACAGAAGCAGUCUCAAAGAGGGAGUGCCCGCCGGCAUAUUUUGCUCGUGGCCAGCAGCACGUUUUCCACUCGAUUAUUGCGACAGAGGAGGAGGAAUGGGCAGUUAGGACUGAGGAGAAAAAGUGUUCUACCUCAAGAAGCAGCGGCACCGCUUCAGGAUCGGGAUCAAGCAUGGGGCAGUCGGGGAAGAAGCGGGCUGCUGGGUUUACGUAA